CGUCUCGCGAGAGCUCGGCAGCCGCCAUCUUGCAGCGGCGGCCGCGGUCACCGCAGGGUCGCGCCGGGCCCGGGGUCGCGCCGGUCGCGCCGUCCCCGCCAGCAUCAAUCACCGCCCAACAUGCUCUCCCGCCUCGUCCUCCGUGCUGCCCCGGCCGCUCUCAGGACGCUGCCGCCGCCCGUCGCCGCAGGUGUGUUGCAUGCCACAAGACCGCUGCAUACAGCCCAGCAGUGUUUGGCUCCUGUGCCACCUCUGCCUGAGAAGGGAGGAGAAGUACGUCAUGGUUUGAUCCCUGAGGAGUUUUUUCAGUUUCUCUAUCCUAAAACAGGAGUUACAGGGCCUUACAUGUUGGGCACUGGACUCCUGCUGUAUCUUCUCUCUAAGGAAAUCUAUGUCAUUAACCACGAGACAGUUGCAUCUUUCUGCAUAUUGUCAGUCAUCAUUUAUGCUGUAAAAAAGUUUGGGGCUGAUGUAGCAGCUUUUGCUGACAAACUUAAUGAGGAAAAAGUUGCUAAGGCUUUAGCUGUGAAAAACGAGGCCAUUAAGGACCUGGAGACAGCCAUUGAGCAGGAGAAGAAGGAGCAGUGGCGGGCCGAGGGCCGCUCUUACCUCUUCGAUGCCAAGCGGAACAACGUUGCCAUGCUGCUGGAGGCCAACUACCGGGAGCGGCUGCUGACCGUGUACAGCGAGGUGAAGAAGAGGCUGGACUACCAGGUGGCCAUGCAGAACCUGAAGCGUCAGAAGGAGCAGGACCACAUGAUCCAGUGGGUGGAGAAAAGUGUUGUUCAGAGCAUCACGCCUCAGCAGCAGAAGGAGAGCAUUGCCAAGUGCAUCCUGGACCUGAAGGCGUUAUCCAAGAGCGUGCAGGCAACAGUGUGACCCCCUCCUGUUCCACUCCCCUGCCUCUCCUAACAACUGGUGAAACUGUAUGAGUCUAAACUACCAUUAAACAAACCAACCAACCA